AGCCGAACCAAACCUCCACCAAACCAUAAACUCUCCCACGAACCGCCACAACCAAACCACAAGAUGCCUUCCUCCCAAGAUUCCGGAGUCACUGGCGCGGCAAAGUUUGUCACCGCCACUCUCGGAAAUACGGUUGGCGGAGUUUCUCGGACCGUAGGCGGCGUCACCGGAGCUGCAGGCCGAGGGAUCGGAGACACCAUCACCGGCGCAACAGGCAGUGCGGGCAAACCCGUUGGUGAUGCUUUGGGCAAUAUCGGAAGUGGCGUCGAGGAUGGGGCCCGCAAGGUCGCGCAGGGCGUCGAAGAUGCUGGGCAGUGGAAGUCUCGGGGGUGGUAGGGGAAUACACAAUUUAGGAGGAAUGCGUUGUAGGGAUGUCAUUCUGUGAGAGUUAUGGAUAUCAUCUUAUGAUUGUUUAUUUUUUUUUUGCUUUUUUUGUAACUAGCGAUCAGUAAAGAAAUCAGAUCCUUCCACUCAG